AUGUAUCUUCUCUGUCCUUUGAGGAUAAAAUUUCCCAUAUUUUCGACAAAAAAUCAUAGUAGACUUUACAAUAAAAAAUCACCAUCAUCAUUUACAACAUUACAAAAAUCUUCUUUUUAUUCGUAUUGUUAUUCAUUUUUUUCUCGACAAGUAUGGUGGCCAAUUAUUAUUAUAUUCGAUUUUUAUCGUAUAUUACACGAUAUCGAUAUGCUCAAUAGUCAAACAAUGGUUAUUUACAAUAUUCUACCAUUAUUAAGUAAAACAGCAUCAACAAGUACUACUCAUGCAACAUCUUUCGAAAUACUGACGAAUGAUGACAAUAAUGCAAAUAAAAACCACACAAUGAACAUAUCCAACGUCCAUUCAACAUUUCAAGUUCAUAAUGAACUGCCAUUGAAAUGGCCACAUGUAGAGACACUAUUAUCUAGAUUGUCCUUGAAUCGUGAUCAUAAUGCAGCUCCUGAGUCGACCGCAGUCAUAUCUGAUGAUACAAUUUUUGAUAAUGAUCAAAUAAAACAACUUUUAUCGUUGAUAUCACAAUGUCAAAUUUACUUUAAACACUGGUACAUUUUGCUUUUAUUUUCGAUUAUUAAAAUCACAUGGUUAUUAGCCUUAUGUAUGUUUGUUCUUGGUGCUAUUAUCGAACAAAAUACAUUGAUGAUACCAUUUUUGUAUAUUAUUAUGAUAAAUUAUACUAUUAGAGGAUUAACCGUCAUCGGAUGUCUGGUCUCCAUCCCAUACGAUUUUGCUUUUGUGACAUCAUCACCAUACGAUCCUCGUAUGCCAAAAGCAUUUGUUGAUUGGAACAAACCAAUACUAUGUGUAUUAAACAUUCGUCAAACAACUGCCAUUCUUAUUCUCGAGUUUAUUGCGGCUAUCCAGUUUAUCUUAGCUAUAGGUACCAUAACGUCAUCGUCAUUCACUACCGAUGUGGUAAAUAAGAAACAGUUACGGCAAUUUCAACAAAUAUUUUUAAAAACAUUUCAAAAAAUUCAUUAUCAUCAUCAGCACAAAACUAUGUCGAUAACAUCCAAGCAUACCGGCAGUCAAGAAAUAUUAAAACAAGUUAAACAUCAACAACGAGAAUAUUUGACAAAUACAGAAAAUAAAAAUAAUCGUGUAUCAACAAUUAGUGAAAUCAUAGUAUAA